AAGCUUUAUUUUUUCCCAGGCACUUAUAAUCCAUCCACCAAAGACCUGGCUUUUUCUUGAUAAUGCGAAGACAAUACUUCUGUAUUUCCUGAUGUGUUGCACUCACUGACAAUCUAGCAGAUUUUUCCAACUAUGCGCAUAAAUGAUUGUACUUGAGUGAAAAGGAUGUUUUAUUCUACUGUGAUUAGCAUUUAUCAAGUGCAUGUGUCAAUGUAGUUGAAGAUUGAACGAUCGAUUCUUGGUUGUUUGCUCAAAAUCAACUUCCCCAAUUUUCGCGGAGGCAUCAAUACGACAGUCAUCGUCUCAUCGGUCGCUGUUCAGAAAGAAGAGUGAAACAUCGUCAGAAGUAACAAUGAUUUAUUAUUGUAAUAUUAGUUUUCAGACCUUAGUUGCUUAGUUCGUUUAUUCCUUUUAUAUGUUGGUGUAACAAUAAAGAAAUAACAAGCAGCAGAUCGGUGUUUUGGUUUUUGCGUCCGUUAUUACUAAGCGUUUCUGAAACUCAAAGGAACAGCGUGGGCCCGAGCGUAGCGAGAGCUGGGCAUUAACGGUUUAUGAGACGAGACUGACAGUUUCUGACGAUAGAAAGAGAUCUGGCGGAUAGAAACAGUUGGUGAAAGUUUGGAUAGUCGCCGUUCAUCUUUCCUGGUGCCGGUCAAGUCCCCUUUGAACAAGCAAUAUCUAGAACGUUUUUGGAAUUGGCUCAAGUUCAACAAUGUCUGGGUCAAAGACGGGACAGAGUGUCUUGGAUGCAAACAGGAAAGUAAGUCAUGGUGACUUGUCUGUUAAUUGUUACGAUCUGUCUGAUGUUAAGCAUGACAUGGUUGAUGUUACUGUUUCGCCAUCCAGGGAUAAUAGGAACAUCAAACUCUCUAAAUUUGAACCACGGUGUUUCGAUGGAAACCCGGCUGAUUAUUUACAAUUUGUAAGGGAGUUUGAGAUCAUGCUGAGUAGUUUUUUAUUAAGUGAUGAAUUGAAAUUGAUGUAUUUGAUGAGGUAUUGCACUGGAGAUGCUUCAAGAGCUAUACAGUGCUGUAAGUUUAUGAAGCCAAAAGAGGGCUACAACGAGGCUAUGAGCAUAUUACGUCAAAGGUUUGGAUGACCUUCGAUGAUUAUAGGGAAAUUAUUCGACGCUGUUAAGUGUAAUGGUGGUCAAUUACAGGAUGACUCCCAGGCACUCACUGAGUUUUUAGAUAAUUUGCUAAUUUACAAGAAUGGAAUGAUUUCGAUGAAUCGCACGAGUGACCUCAACUCGAGUUUUAUACUAGAAGUAAUAGCAAGACGUCUACCUACUCGACUGCAAAGGAAGUGGGUGAAGAUAAGCUCCCGUAUGGAGGAUGACGGUAUCGAGCCAAGGUUUGAUGAUAUCCUGAAUUUGGUAAAAGAUAGCGUCAAUCAAUCUAUGAGCAAGUUUUCCAGUCUAUUAGAUCUCACCCCUAGAAUAGAGCAGUCUGUGAGUGAAAUGCAAUCAUUGAUAACGAGUAGGCCUCAGAGAGGUGGUUAUCGAGAAAGCUCCAUGAUGUCUAGUAAUGCAUAUAGACCUAGUGAGUGUAACAGGUUUCGUAGUACAUCCUCAACUGAUAGGUUACAAGAUGCAAGACAAACACGGUUGUGCUUGACACGUGUGCAAGUGGUGCAUACAGAAGUGAACUGUGAACCGGUGAGCAAGUUCAGUGAUAAGCUAAAUGUAAACUCCAGACCUGACUCCGAAUUGUGUGACGAUAACGGUGUUGUGAAGAAGUCUGUAGUUGCAACUGGUAAGCCGUUGUUGAAUAAAGUGUCACAGAAUAGAGUUGCUGCUUCAGAGUGCAGUUCUGACCCUACAAGUUUACAAGGUAUUACUAGUCAGAGUGAAGAUAUAAAACAUUUAGGGAUUUGUGAGGAGGAACCGAAAUUGUCUACUUGUGUUAUUAAAGAGUUUGAAAUUGAUGGAGUCGACCAGAUAGAUGAUGGUAAAGUGAAUAUUCGUGAUAAUGAUGAUGAUACUUCACAUUUGUCUUUGGUUUAUCAUGAUGAGAUGCGGGAUAUGCCUACUCCUGCUAAGAUAAUUAAAGGUUCUGUACAACUUGAAGGUGAAGUAGAAUUGAAUGCAGAUGCAGUUGCAGAAGGCAUACAUACUUGUGAGACCGUCAGUGUGAUUGAUCAGCAUGUAGCCCACCUAACAUCAGAUGCUAUUGCUAAACCUGAGCUGAUAGUAAAAGACAGCAGUGGUGGUGAUCUUGCAUGUAGACAAAUUUCUGAAAGUCAAGCAACAAAAGCUUCUGAUCCACCACUAAGUUCAUCACCUUGUGUCACUCAGUCAUCGUUGGUGCUGUCAUCCACAAUGAAAAAGACGCCCAUCAACUCAAGUAUCUUGUCCAAUGACUAUGAUAGUAUCAGUUUGUUUGAAAGGACGAAUAUCAAUGGUCAGUUUAGUGAGGAUAAGCCAGGUUUAAACGAGAGAGUAAUUGUUAAAUUGACUUGCACGAAUAAAGGCAUUUCUAGUUUCAAGUUACUAUUUGAAUGUUAUUAUCUUUGGUGUAAAUUACUCUGUUUCUAUACUUGGUUGAUGAGAUAUGUCGUGUGUUUGUUGGUCAUCUAUAUUCUACGAUACAAUGACAUGGGCGUGUUGCCGUUCAGAUUUGAGGAUAUAGCUGAUAGAAGGAAGUUAGCAAAUGAACUCUGCGACGAUUUUCCAACUUAGAGCGUCAACCUGAGAAGGGUUGUAGGCGUACUGGUGUAAGUCCUACAAUUCUUCAAAGGAAUUCCACCAAGAGAUGUUCGGCGAGGUUGUUUGUACUAUUUGUAUAUACGUGUGGUGUGUCAUCAAUUGGUGUAUUUUGGAUUCAUUGUGUUUACUUGUUGUUUUCGUACCUUGUUGUUAUUGCGUAAAUUUGUUAAAAUUUUCGUCCUGAUUAUUUCUGAAGUCGUUUCGAGUCUUCUACAUCCAUGAAUGAAUUGAUUGAUGUUAAGGACAGCAGAUGGGUCGUAUACGCCGGGGAGGCUAGGCUAUUGCUGAGAAUGAAAUGCACACGGAGAUAAUUGUUGGCUGCGGUCCGACACGCCGGGGACAAAGAGUGUAAACGACUGAGGCUCGCAUGCGUCACCGCUACUAGAACUGAGGCAGAAUGAGUGACAAGCGAUUUCAGUGAUAAUUGAUAGUGAAUAGAAAAGAGGAUGCUUGAAGAGUAUCAUGAGGUGCUGCUAUGGUCACGUUGCAUUCUGCAAGAGUCAUUCUAGUAAGUGGCGAUUGUGUUGCAAGAUGUCAAGAGGAGGUCUCUGUCUGGAGGCGUAGGUCGUCAUUGAUGUGUGAGAUUGUGCUGUGGGUAUGCUUGUGGUGUGUUGGCUUUCCUGUUUGUUUUCCAUUUCAGCUUUGUCCGUGUGACCCAGGUUCUCGCAAUGGCAUCCAAGUCAACGUGUAUUGGUCGUGAAGGAAAAAAGGGUUGGAUCCCUUUUUCUGGCGGGGAGUGUCAAUGUAGUUGAAGAUUGAACGAUCGAUUCUUGGUUGUUUGCUCAAAAUCAACUUCCCCAAUUUUCGCGGAGGCAUCAAUACGACAGUCAUCGUCUCAUCGGUCGCUGUUCAGAAAGAAGAGUGAAACAUCGUCAGAAGUAACAAUGAUUUAUUAUUGUAAUAUUAGUUUUCAGACCUUAGUUGCUUAGUUCGUUUAUUCCUUUUAUAUGUUGGUGUAACAAUAAAGAAAUAACAAGCAGC